AUGGGUAAAGCACGCAAAGUGCCAACUGGAAAACCAGAGGAACUGGUCGUGAAGGUACGAGAAUGGUUCCAAAAAGAGUUCCAAUCGUACAUUCAAGACGGUAGAAGCUUCCAAAGAUUGGAGUGGAUCACCGACGUCCUGACAGCCGCCAUACAAAAGGCCUCUGUUGGGGACACCCAGGCAAUCGAGAAGAUUGUGAAAAGAUGCCCACCCUUGGAAGUGGAAGAGGGUGAGAUGGCAACGCAAACGGAUCCAAAAAGGAUUCCCAAGAAGGGUAACAGCAACCCGACUGGAGAUGGUGACAGCCGCAAAGGGCCACCAGUCUCUCAAAGGGACUCGUACUGGCAAAAACCGGACGAAGACCUUUAACCAACUGAUCGGCAAAGAAUCGAAGCAAUGCGAGAUCCCGAUCAGUCAACUUGAACAGUUCUUCAAGAAAACCACCUCUGUCACAAAUGUAACAAAAAGAGGUUCUGGAAUCAAAAAAAGUUCCAAAAUCCCAAAGAUAAAAAGUGGGACAGUGGAUUGUAGACCCAUUCACUGAACAGGAAUUGGCAGUUGCUCUUAAGAAAACCAAAGACACUGCUCCUGGAGUUGACGGACUGAGAUACCAUCAUCUAGAAUGGUUCGAUCCUGAUCACAGAAUUCUGACGCCCCUGUACAAUGAAUGCAAGGAGCAUCGGAAGAUUCCAUCACAUUGGAAAGAGGCAGAAACGAUCCUUCUAUACAAAGGAGGAGACGAAUCUAAGCCCGAGAACUGGAGACCAAUCAGUCUCAUGCCAACCAUCUACAAACUAUAUUCGAGUUUGUGGAACCGAAGAAUCCGGUCAGUGAAGGGUGUCAUGAGCAAGUGUCAAAGGGGAUUCCAAGAGCGGGAGGGUUGCAAUGAAAGCAUUGGAAUCCUUAGAACCGCGAUUGAUGUGGCGAAGGGCAGGAAAAAAGAACCUGUCAGUCGCCUGGCUCGACCUUACCAAUGCGUUCGGUUCAGUGCCACAUGAGCUCAUCGAGCACACUCUGGAAAAAGUAUGGAUUCCCAGAAGAAAUCGUCCACGUCAUAAAAAGACAUAUACAAUGGGGCAUCCAUCCGAGUAAAGAGUAAAAAAAUGAAAAAGAGUAACCAGAUCAAGCUGAAUUCUGGGGUGAAACAAGGAGAUCCCAUUUCACCAACGCUUUUCAACAUGUGUCUAGAAGGUGUCAUCAGAAAACACCUGGAUACGUCCUCAGGCCACAAGUGUCUCAAGACAAAGGUCAAAAUACUGGCAUUUGCGGACGACAUGGCCAUAUUGUCUGAUUCCAAGAAACAACUCCAGGAAGAGUUGGAGAGAAUGGAUGAUGACUGUACCCCACUCAAACUCAUAUUCAAACCGAGCAAAUGCGCUAGUUUGAUAAUUGAGAAGGGCAAGGUACGACCUGAAGCACAAAUAAUGCUGAAGGGUGAACCCAUUCGAAAUCUCGCUCCAAAAGACACCUACAAAUACCUGGGGGUCCAAACAGGAGUCGAGACUAGAAUAUCAGAGCUCGAAUUGCUGACCAAAGUCACCAAAGAGCUGGAGAAGGUAAACACAAGCGACCUAACUCCACCACAGAAACUCGACUGUGUAAAAGCCUUUGUGCUACCGAAAUUGACAUAUAUGUACGCCAAUUCGGUACCAAAGAUGACAGAGUUGGGUCAAUUUGCCAACAUGACGAUGAGGGCAGUAAAGGUUAUGCACUCAAUCCCAGUCCGAGGAUCCCCGCUAGAGUAUAUCCAAAUACCAACUAGUAAAGGGGGACUCGGCGUUGCGUGUCCAAGAAUAACCGCAGAAAUCACUUUCUUAGUGUCCACAAUGAAAAAGUUGUGGUCCUCAGACCAGUACAUCCAAAGACUGUACCGGGAAUAUCUGGAGGAAGUGACCCGAAUCGAAACGGGCAAAGAUCAGGUCACCCUAGGCGACCUGGCGGCCUAUCUCAGCAACGAGAUACCAAUCGAUAAAAAAAGGCGUUCGGUUUCAGUUGUUUCACAAGACUACGCGAAGUAUGCAACAGUCUGUGGAAAAAUCAAGUCCGCUCCUUUGCAUAAGGUGAAAAAUUGUUGAGUUCGAAGGUGAAUUGGCAAUCUCCGUACAAGCAAUCGAGAAAGGCAACGAGAGAAUCUUUACCAAAGAGAAUGUAAAGAAACUCCAACAACUGCUAAAAGGAGAAGUGAAUGACGCUCUCUCUCACAGAUUCACGACCGAGAAAGUUGUGAAGAGUGAGGUAGUCCGAGUCAUCCAGCAGUAUCCUCAGUGCAACAGCUUUGUCAGAAAAAGGUGGCAAAGUGAGUCGAGCAGCACACAAAUUUGUGCACAGAGCUCGCCUCAACUUGUUGUCGUGCAACUAUAACACGUACGACAACACAAAGUCAAAAAGAAUGCAGAAGAUGUCAUUAUGAGAAUGAAACUCAGUGGCACAUCCUACAAAGUUGCACUUUCGGACUCCCGAAAAAAAUCACUGAAAGACAUGAUGCAGUGCUCAUGAAAGUGAAAAAAACUCAUCGAAGCUGGUUCAAAGAAAGACUGGAAACUGAAAAAUAGAUCAGGAAAUACCAGGAUUCACCAGACUUCGACCAGACAUCUACAUGAGAAGUCCAGAUGGAAAAAGAAAUCAUCAUGGCCGAUGUAGCCUGCCCAUAUGAGCAUGGUGUGGAAGCCAUGAAAAGAAGCUGGGACAAAAAGGUUCAGAAGUACUCUGACGGUUUCAGCAAUCUCAAGGCUCAGGGCAAAAAGCUUACUGUCCUACCAAUAAUAGUUGGAUCUCUCGGAAGUUGGUGGAAGCCCACAACUGACAGUCUGAAAAAAAGUUGGGAAUAGAGGAUGCAGUGAUCCGUAAAGUGAUUCCUGAAUUGUGUUCUACAGUAUUAGAAUACAGCAAGAACGCUUAUUGGAACCACAUCUUCGGAGACUCCUACACUGAAAUUCCACUCAAAUUCGGAGACGAGAAACCAAAAGGCAACUCCUGGAAAAAGGAAAGAGCAAAACAUGCUCCGACCCUUCCGGGGACGUAGCCGGGUUCGAAGUCAACAUGCCAAAAGACCUGGCUCUGAAUGGACAUGGAUAGGACUGAAAACGAGACUGAUUAAUGGAAUGAGUAACCUGAAAAACCAAUCCAAAUUGAUCGAUAUUGUGAAUUUCCAGGAGAAAUCGCAAUAAAUUUCUUUCAAAUUACCACCUGAUUCCCAAAAAGGAACAGACCAUAGCCACAAAGAUGGCAGCUGACUCUUAAAAGGUGUGAUGACAGGAUCAUAAACACAAGAGUCACAAAAAGGCAUCUAACUAGACAAAAUAGUUGGGUGCCGAUCCCCCCUCUUGAGACUGUGCAAAGAACACAGUCUAGAACAGACGGGAAGACCGAUCUAAACGCACAAAGGUGCCAGGUUGGUAUUACUGUUUCAUGAAGCUUGUUCCCAAAGUUCAGCCUCGCCUUUUUCUCUUUAGUACUUCCUAACCGAGUACGUAGGGUAAAAGAAAGGGUCGAACGGGAAGGAACAAAAAAAGAGCUGAUUGAUCAGAUUCCUCAUUCCAAUGCGAAUGGGAUGGCCGUGAGGCUACAGGCGGGUAACUCAGUCAGAUGCUAGCGAUCUUCGGAUCCAACGGCGCUGACACAACAUGAGGAACCCUGGGUUCGUUGGAGAUAAAAACUCAAAUGGGCUGGAAAUGGCUUAAUCACAAUGGAUGACCACUGCCUUGCAACCACUUAAACCAGUGGGCUAUGCGGGUGGGUCAAUCUGAAAUUGUGUGACCAUAUCCUGACUCGGCAAUAUCUACUCAAGGCUCUGAGAGCAAGUACAUAAUGGCCCUUCCCUACUAUAAACUCCCAAGCAAUUGGUGGCCCCGUUCGGCGGGUAAUUACCACUGUUGCGCCCCAGGCUCGCCCGGCGAAUUUUCGUCGCUGCAACCCACUCUUGGCGUAUUCUGUAAACGUCGUCGUCAACUAACAUUUUUGUCCCGCCUCCCACUGGGUGGUUUCCUGUUAACCGGAUGUCUUCAGAGCACAAACCAGCUCUCGGAGCAUCACCCCCUGGCAAUGCCACCCUGUCCCUUCAUGUAAAUACAAAUUAUUCGGUCCUUUUGACCGGCCAUAUUCGUAUUUCAUGUCAAAUAACUUCAUGUCAAAUAACUAACUCCUUGUUCGAUGUCGUCUACAGCCCCGUUCCCUGCUCUGUUCUUCCGUAUCUGGCUGGCUUGAUAGUCGCAAAGCACGGUUUGCGACGGUCGUCACCAGAUACAUUCGUGGAGUGCAGAGAUCACGGAAUGAAGCUAGAUGUGCCUGUCCCUGGGCCGAUACAGGUUCCUAUGAAUCCGUGCGUACGUGAUAGCCACAAAAUUCGGUCUGAAAUUCGGUUUCGGACGCUUUUUGUGGCGACCCGGUCCAUGCCAGGCCGUGAGCAACAGGCAAUUAAGAGAAUCAGUAUGAAACAGCUCUCCGGAUGCUGCCCUUCUUCUGAUAGAGACCCCCGAGUGUCCCGGUGCGGUGACGAUCAGUCAAUGAGCGGUGCGUUGCGAAAUAUUGAUUUUUGCCAACGGCCGCCGAUCGAUCGAUCACCGCGCUCAGACGCCCGGAAAAAGAGAUUUAUGUGUCCAUGCCACAAAAUUCGGUCUGAAAUUCGGUUUCGGACGCUUUUUGUGGCGACCCGGUCCAUGCCAGGCCGUGAGCAACAGGCAAUUAAGAGAAUCAGUAUGAAGCAGCUCUUCGGAUGCUGCCCUUCUUCUGAUAGAAACCCCCGAGUGUCCCGGUGCGGUGACGAUCAGUCAAUAAGCGGUGCGUUGCGAAAUAUUGAUUUUUGCCAACGGCCGCCGAUCGAUCGAUCACCGCGCUCAGACGCCCGGAAAAAGAGAUUUGUGUGUCCAUCCAGAUUCACAAAAAUGUACACGAAUUAUGCGGCCAAGAAUGCUAUGGGAAUCCGUGGUUACUUGUUGGCAGAGAUGACACCAAAAGAUUUUCACCGACCUUCCGGUGGGGAACGCAUGAUUGUGAUGAGAUUCCGGCGGUUUACCGACGGAAAACAAAGGACUAAGAGAUUUUCAGACGUUCACGGAGCUUUCUUUAGGGAAAAGCCCCCUGUUCGGACGAAUGCCAUGAGUAUCGAUUGGUCGCCGGCGAUGGCGGCCGAAAGAGACGAAAAGCCUGAUAAAAGAGUGGUCAAAUUCUGGAAAUUUCAGGUGUUUUAUGAAAAGAACUUUGACUCUGUCCAAGUAAAGAAAAAGAAAUGUGAGUCUCCUGCUAUUCUUCAGAAUCGUGGGAGGAAAAUCGAUAAAACGAGCAAAAACUCACGGAAAAGACCUGUCAUUUUCGCGGAAAAUGAUGGGAAUAUGAAAAAGAAUAUGAUUCAGACGAGCCUCGUGUACACCUGUGGGGAAAAAUCGAAUCGGGCUGCUCCGCGGCCCAUCUGUGGCGGUCCAUGGCGCCCAUUGCCAGUGGACCGUCCCUCUUGCCAAAACCGGCGAUCCGAGUGUUUCCUGCUGGUGAAAAAGUGCUACGAUGGUUACCUGAAACAAAAAGAGAAAGAAAGACCCAUGUGUCCCGGAAAGCGUGAAAAAUUUGACAGACUUUUCGAAGAAAUCCGAAGUUUUGAUCGUUUUUCUGGGUUUCGCAACUUCUCGAGGAAAAUUGCGUACGGUUACUCAAUACUCUGGAAGAAAAAGAACGAAACACUUAGUGUUAAUGACCACGAAUUAUAUGAGCCUGGCAAUGGAGUGAAAGCACUGGCGGGACGCGAAAACUCUGAAUUCUUCCGCACAUGGGGGCGGAGGACCGAGUCUUCCCCGGAAAACACGUCAGACAGCUCUGAAUUCCAGGAAAAGCAUGCAAUGAAUACGGCGAGGAUCGGCUUCCAGACGAGCUCUGAAAAAAGCGUGUGGAAAAAGCUAAAAAGAAAUGCGCAACAGAAGAAGAACGGCGGAGAAGGCGCAACACGCGUGUCGUCUAUUUCUCCGCUCUCUCGCCCUGCCGGCAUCGAUCGGCCGCGGGGUUUUUUCUCGGCCUCGGAAGGUGGAAACCGCGAUGUCCUGAAUGAAAAUAUGAGGGAAAGGAAAGAAAGCAAAGUUAAAGAGAAUACUGAAAGACAAAAGAACCAGAUUUGUCCAGAAAAUGAGCUGAAAACCAAACACCUGAGCGUUUGGCGAGACCUUCAGCGAAAACCUAAAUUUCUAGAUGAAAAUGAACUUAAAAGCCACGCUCAUGGGGCAAAUGAUGAUGAAGACGUGGGGAAUGAGAGCGAGGCGGAGGCUUCAGGCUCGUCGUACCCACGGCCCUUCCGAAGCAUGGUACCUCUGGUCGGUGGGGGUAAAAAUGAUGCGGAGGGUGAAGAAAAAGAGCAAAAAGAUGUGAAAAUGAGUGAAGAGAGCAUCGUCCCCGCAUGCAAAGAAUACAAGAAGAUGGUGAUUGAGAAGCAUGAGGAUGCCAAAACAAUUCUCGUACGGAUCCUGUACCCCUUCAACGGCCGGUACGAAUGCUGCAUGAGUGGGUGUAUCACGGCCUCAUUGGUCGGCUUUGGGGCAGAUGAUCUCAAAUACAUGACAAAACAUAUAGAGCAAAAGCAUGGUCUAAAAGUGAGAUGGUCCUACCAAUGUUCUUUGUGCUCGGAAAAGGCUCCGAAGGACAGCACAAAAGCCACUAGGUGGGUCAGAGAGCACGCCCUCAGCGUGCACAAAAUGGUUGCAAAACCGAGAAUAGCCUCGUCCAAAGGCACAGGCAAAAAGAUCGCAGACAGGAUGAAUGAAUCCGUUCCUGGAAUUGCGGCCAGAAAGAAAGACCCGAAGGUUACUAAAAACAGUGAAAAUGUUCUGAAGACCCCGGAAAAGAUCAUGAAGUUGGAGCAGAAGAUCCAGACGCGCUCAGUGAGCAAACACUUGAGUGCCCUGAAAGAAUCUGUCAAAAAGAAAGAAACUGAGAAAGAAAAAGAGCCAAAAACGGCGAUACCAAAGCCCAAAUUGGCAUCCAUCUUUGAGCAGAACGACGCAAGACGGUCGGCUAGAAGAAGUCUGGCAGCGGCCCUGAAGGCCGAGGACAGUCCGAAAGUGUGCAAAGAGGCUCAGGAUAGCCCGAAAGUUGAGCUAACAGCCGCUCAAAGAGUGAAAGCCGCGAGGGAGACGACGAGCCGGAGCUCUCGGCUGUCAAUCCAGAGCAGAAGGAGCAUUCCCUUCGGGAAACCACCUGAAAAGGCGGAAAAUGCCUCGGAUGCGCUGGAAGAAUCGCAGAAAGUCGUCGUGAAAGACAAAAAGAGUGGGAACUCAGGAUCCCGCGGCCAAGAAAAAGAGAAAAGCAAGGAAAUGAAAGUACCGAUGAUAACGUUGGAUAGUGACGAGAGUCUGAACACAACCGUCACUGUAGCACGUCCCAGACGCUUCAACGCGUGGUGCCUGGAGCAUGAGACCACCCAGGAAGCCUGGCUCGCCGAUGACGUCAUUAUGUACUACAUGACCGCGUUGGUGGCAAAGACACGUGAGUACCAGAUCAUAGAUCCGGUCCUCUGGGCUGAAGCACAACAUGGUCCAAACUACAUCACAGGGAUGAUGCUUGGGUCGGCAAAAUACUUCUUUCCGAUCUGCGAGGGAAACCACUGGAUCCUAGUGGUCAUGGACAAGGAGAGACUCUGGUAUGCAAAUUCCCUGGGUCAUGAGCCCACAGGCAAAGUGAAGAGUUUCAUAGAAAAGACGAACAAAAAGAGAAUGCACUUUGAUGUGCCGGUUCCUCUCCAGAAGGACUACGUGAACUGUGGAGUACACGUAUGCCUGAUUGCAAAGUCAAUCAUGGAAAGUGAAUACUGGUACUCAGAGGAUGAUGUGAAGACUUUCCGAGGGAAAGUGAAAGAGAUGCUCCGGAAAGAGGGGUAUGAGUUGUAUUCCGAAAGAUACUUUGCCCUGGACAAAUCCAAAGCUGAGGAUUGGGAAAAGGAGUCAAUGGAAUACAGUGAGCAGGAGAGCAGGAAAGAGGAGAACAUGAAACGGAGCGCGGAGGAUGAAAAUAGUGUACUGGAGGGGACCAUCCCAAAUCAGAUGGACUUUCCACCUCCAAAUUCACUGAAAAAGCCUCUGGGCAAAAUUAAGUGGAACCUCCCUGAACUGCCCAACUACUCGCAAAAAGACAAAAGCGGGAAAGAAUUGACCGUUCCGAACACGCCAACACAUGCAGAGUGUACUGAAAGAAUGGCCGACGGGCGAAGUGAAGAUGUGAGAACAGCUGGACCAGAAAGGACCAUCCCAAAUCAGAUGGAAAAUUCACUUCCGGUCCCGCCGGUUGAGCAUCGGAACAAGCCAAUCGGCGUCUCUGAAAAUGAGUCAGAAACUCGUGAUGAGUUGGAAAGGGCCAAGGAUACAAAGAAAUGGUCUUCUAUGAACCGUCCAGGGUCAGAUUAUGGAAGGCUAGACGGUUUCAUCAUGUUAAAAGAACAGGACCAGAGGGUGUCUGACGUGGCAGAUGAGCAGGGUGAGGAGGCAGAAGCCAGUGGAAUGGGAGCGACCAUCACAAACCAGAUGGAACUUUCGCUCCCCGGGCCAUUGGCCGAGCAACCAAGCGGGCUCAUGGUCAUCUCGGACACUGCGAGUGGUCCCACCAAGUUGGACACUGAAGAGGAACGAUUUGGAACGGCAAUCGGCCCCCAGAUCACAAAGCUGUUGGUAAAGCUGGAGAAAGAAGAGGUUGAGUUUGAGAAAUCACAGGGGUUGGCCGAUCGUGGGACCAUCCAAAAGUUGAUGGAACUGGAGCUGGAGCCUCCUCCAGACACCGUCCGAAAGAAACAAGAGAAAAAGAUGCCGAGACCACCGAAAAGGAAAGUUCCAGAGGGGGUUCCUGACAAGUUGGUGGUCCAAGUGAGAGAAUGGUUUGAGAAAGAGUUUCAGUCCUACCUCCUAGAUGGAAGAAGUUUCCAGAGACUGGAGUGGAUAUCGGAUGUGCUCACGGCGGCAAUCCAGAAGGCUUCCGAUGGAAAAUCCGAGGAUAUUGAGCACAUCCGCAAACGAUGUCCGCCGCCGGAAAGAGAAGAGGGUGACAUGUGCACACAGACGGAGACUAAGAAAAGAUUACGAGAAAAGAGAAGGAAAAGUGGGGAUGCUCCGAAAGUGGAUAUCACCCCAAUGAGGGACCUGUACUUUCAGAACAGAUCAAGGGCCUACAAUAGAAUUGUGGGAAACACGUCAAAGCAAUGUGAAAUUCCGAUGGAAAAGCUCGAAGAGCACUUCAAGGGUACCACUUCGGAGACCAAUGUCCCAAGGGAGGUACUCGAAGAAAAGUGCUGGAAGCUCCCAAAGUUGCACAUCGGAGAUUGGAUCGGAGAAAAGUUCAGCGCAAAGGAAGUAAAAGAAGCGUUAAACAAAACAAAAGACACGGCUCCAGGCGUCGAUGGGCUCCGGUACCACCAUCUGAAAUGGUUUGAUCCGGACCUGAAGCUGCUGACACAGUUGUACAACGAGUGCAAGUGGCACCAGAAGAUCCCAACACACUGGAAAGAGGCCGAAACUAUCCUUUUGUACAAAGGUGGGGAGGAAAUGAGAGCGGACAACUGGAGACCCAUCAGCCUGAUGCCAACGGUCUAUAAGCUGUACUCAAGCUUGUGGAACAGGAGGAUCCGAGCGGUUGAAGGGGUGAUGAGCAAAUGCCAGAGAGGUUUCCAGGAAAGAGAAGGAUGCGCAGAAAGUAUUGCCAUCCUACGAACGGCCAUUGAUGUGGCAAAGGGCAAAAGGAGAGACUUGUCAGUUGCAUGGCUCGACCUGACAAAUGCCUUUGGCUCGGUGCCUCAUGAGCUCAUCGAGUACACGCUUGUGGCCUAUGGGUUCCCAGAGGAAGUGGUGAAGAUAGUGAUGGAUAUGUACAAUGGUGCAUCUAUCCGAGUGAAGAGCAGAUAUGAGAAAAGUGAGCCGAUUCUGAUCAAAUCGGGCGUAAAACAGGGAGAUCCGAUCUCUCCAACACUCUUCAAUAUGUGUCUGGAAAGUAUUAUAAGAAAGCAUCUGGCGACGGCAGCCGGCCACCAGUGUCUAGGAACCAAUGUGAAAGUGCUGGCGUUUGCGGACGACAUGGCAAUCCUGGCGGAAUCCAGAGAGCAGCUCCAGAGAGAGUUGCUCAAGAUGGAUCAGGACUGCACACCGUUGAACCUCAUCUUCAAACCGUCCAAGUGUGCCAGUCUGAUCAUUGAAAAAGGGAAGGUGAACAAACAAUUUGAUAUCCUUCUGAAAGACCAAGCGAUUCGGAACCUGAGUCAGGCAGAUACUUACAAGUACCUUGGAGUUCAGACCGGACUCGAAUCGAGAACCACAGCAUUGAAUCUUCUGAUCUCAGUGUCAAAAGAGCUAGAAAAGGUGACUCUGAGUGAUUUGGAGCAGCACCAAAAGUUGGACUGCGUCAAAUCAUUCGUCCUUCCGAAACUCACCUACUUUCACGGCAACUCGAUGCCAAAGCUACAAGAAUUGAGCGAGUUCUCGACGGUCACUAUGAGAGCAGUGAAAAUGUUCCAUGGUAUACCAAUACGAGGAUCACCAAGAGAGUAUGUCCAGCUCCCGAUCAGUAAGGGAGGACUAGGAGUACAAUGUCCAAAGAUAUCAGCGUUGAUAGCUUUUCUGGUCUCAACAAUGAAAAGAUUAUGGUCAGACGAUCAGUACAUCAAAAGGUUGUACACGGAUUAUCUGAGAGAGGCGGCAGAGACUGAGACCGGAAUCAACAAGAUUACGGUAGCUCAAAUUGCCAGGUACUUAAGUGACGACAUGAAAGUUGACCGGAAAGCCUUCGGCUACAACUCUUUCAGUCGGAUAAGGGAAGUCUGCAGGAAUCUCUGCAAAAACAAGGACGCUCCACUGCACGAGUUCAGAGUUAUCGAGCAAAAUGGCAAGCUGGCGAUCAGUGUUCAGGCCACUCGCGACUCAAAAGUGAAUGUGUACACGGAAGAGCACAUGAAAAAGCUUCAUCUUUAUCUGAAAAGUGAAGUAAAUGCAGGGCUCCUGUACAAAUUCAAUGUAGUGAAACCAGUAAAAAGCGCGGUGUGCAGAGUGAUCCAACAGCACCCCCAGAGCAACAGAUUUGUAAGAACCGGUGGAAAAGUGAGCUUUGCAGCCAAAAAGUGGAUCCAUCGAGCCAGGCUAAACCUGUUGACGUGCAAUUACAACUCAUUUGCAAAUGCGGUCACCAAAGAGUGCCGCAGAUGCGGCUACGAAAAUGAGAGCCAAUGGCACAUACUCCAGACGUGCAAAUUUGGACUUCCGAAGCUCAUCACCGAGAGACACGAUGCGGUUCUGUUCAAGGUGAAAAAGCUCAUCGAAAAAGGUUCGAAGAGCGAGUGGAAGAUGAGCAUUGACCAGAUCAUCCCGGGACCAACGCUUCUGAGGCCGGACAUUUGCCUGUGGUCCCCCGACAAAAAGCAUGUGAUCAUGGCAGAUGUCAAGAUCCCGUAUGAAAAUGGAAUCGAAGCCAUGGAAAGAGGAUGGAAUGAAAAGGUUGACAAGUACGAGAAGGGGUUCAGCUACCUGAAAAAGUGUGGAAAGACCCUCAAAGUACUCCCUAUUAUAGUUGGAACUAUGGGAACCUGGUGGUCCCCCACGUCCAAAAGCCUAGUGGAGCUCGGAAUCGCGAAAAGCACUGUGAACCGAGUCAUCCCGGAGAUUUGCGCUCUAGUGAUGGAGUACAGUAAGAACUGCUACUGGAAUCAUAUAUUCGGAAACGAAUAUAAACAUGUUCCAUUUAAGUUCGGAGGCGAAAAACCCGAGGGUAAUGGCUGGAAGGCAAUACGAGCAGAAGAUGCUUGCGUCCCGCCAGCCAUCUGA